AAGACAAACAUAGCACAUUAUUUAAGCAAGUACAGGUAAAGUGUUUUAGUGUUAUGGAUAUUUGCUCUAGUUCAGAAAGAAUACCCUGACAAACCACCAAGAAGCAUUCCUUAUGAAAGUUACCACGGUUUUAUCAUUGUGUAGUAAGUAACCAUGUUUAUAUUGAUUGAUUAUCAUCAUUACUACCAUAAUUUUACUAUAAAUAUCAUAUGGUAAAACUAUUAAUACUAUAAUGAAUUAAUAGUUCAUUUUUGGUUGCUACGUCAUGGUUAAAGAAUGGUCAAUUUUCGUAAGGGAUACCAGGCUAAUGUCUCUCUUUGCAAAAAAAAGAAACUAACUUACCACGUUCAAUCCUGUGGUUUGGGUUUGAUGCCAUUUACCAACAUAUAACAGGCAUUAACACUUGAGGGAUCAGUGUGAGAUGUCAAGAGCCUGACCAGCCGGUCAACUAUCAUGCGGACGUUACGAUCACCUUACCGUUCAGAGAAGCCGGACGAGCAGACUUCUUCAACACGUCUCCAGCGUUUACUGCUGCGGGGAGUAAAGCUUUCAUCGGAGCCUGCAGAUAAUGGGAAAGCAGGUGAGGAAGAGUGGAACCCAUGGGAGGAAGACGAGCGUGCGCACUCCAUCGUAGUUCAGAAAAGCCGAGAUGCUUUCAGAUCAUACCAAGAUCGCAUUGCCAAGAACAGGCCAAAAAGAUAUAAAGUUCAGAUCUGGGGAAAAGCUGCCAUAGGUCUUUAUCUGUGGGAACAUAUUUUGGAGGGGCCUCUUAACCCACCUGACAGAUCUAGUCAAUGGAGAGAGGGAGAGAUUCAGUCGGGGAAGAUCAAUUUUAGUUUCUACACAGGGCCGGCAGUGGUCCAAGGACACGUAUCUCUUGACGCAGACAGUGGGGUGUUGGUGUUGAAUGGCCGUGUUCAGCAAAAAAUUUCCUACUCCAUCCAGUGGCUUCAGUAUGUCCAGGGACUGGUUCAGGCUCACUCUAUGUCCCGGGUAGCUGUGGUCCUUUUGGGCAAUGAGCAGUGCAAUAAUGACUGGAUCAGUCCUUACCUGAAGAGGAAUGGAGGUUUUGUGGACCUGCUCUUUCUUGUGUAUGACAGUCCUUGGGUCAACGAUAAAGACAUCUUUCAGUGGCCUCUUGGUGUUGCCACAUACAGGAAUUUUCCUGUCGUCACACUUAGCAGUCAGAUGGUGAACUCUGCCAGGCCAUACCUCUGCAACUUCCUCGGGACUGUCUAUAAAAAUUCCUCUAGGGAAACUCUGAUGAGCAUCCUUAAGCAGAAGGGAAUGGAGAAAGAGUGUUUAAUGCUUGCUAGAGAGAAGUGGCUUCCACAGGAAACGACAGACACUUCCAGAAAGUACCAGAUGGCACUAGCGCAAAGUGACCUCACUCUUUGUCCAGUUGGAAUAAACACAGAGUGCUAUCGCAUCUAUGAAGCCUGCGCCUAUGGCUCUGUGCCUGUGGUGGAGGACGUCCUGACUCCAGGUGCCUGUUCAGCCAGCACCCGGUCCCCACUCCGACUACUUAAGGAUGCAGGAGCACCCUUCAUCUUUCUCAAGGACUGGAGGGAGCUGUCUGCUAUCCUGGAGAAAGAGAGAGGCAUGAGCCAAAAAGAGAAAGUAGAGAGGAGGAUGAGACUGUUAGAGUGGUACAAUGGCUUCCGUCAGCAGAUGAAGGACAAAUUCACAGAGGUCCUGGAAGAUGCCUUUUUCAAAGUCAGUUAGGAUGAACUUGGGGAAAGUCAAUCAGAAUUAAGAAAGUGAAAUGUGAUUUAUAGAGAUGCUAUGCAUUGAUAUCACCUUUUUUUAGAGACGUGUUUAGUUUGCAUUCAGUGAUGUUUUACUUGUGAUUGUGCUCAUUUGUAAUUUAACAUUUUAAUUGGAUAGUUCGCUCCAAAAUGUAUUCUUUCAUCAUUUACUCACCUUCAUGUCAUUCCAAAUCUGGACUUUUUUCUUCUCAACACAUAACAAGACUUUUUGAAGAAUGUUGCAAACAACAUCGGCCGCCUUUUGACUGUCAUUGUAUGGACACAAAACCACUUGAGACAUUUAUCAAAAUAUCGCCUUUUGAAUUCCACAGAAGAAUGAGUCAUAUACAAGUCUCGAAUAGCAUGAGGGUCAAUAAAUUAUGACAAUUUUCUUUUUUUUGGGUGAACUAUCCCUUUAAAUAGGUGUUAAUGCUGUGGAUUAAUGCUCUCCAUGUUUACUAAGUAUUAAGUUAUUAUAAAUUAUGACAUGUAAUGAAGAAACUACAAAAUACCUUCAUGUGGUAAAGUGUAUGUUGUUAUCUAAGCUGGGCUUUCUUUAGUUACUUGGACAGUAACCACAUUUCAUUUCAUGAAUUUACAAUACUAAAUUUAGUAAAUUUACAUUACUUUAUUUAAUGCUAAACUUACAUCACAUGACAGCAGUUUGAAGAUAUAGCUGCACUGUUACAUUAUGCCAUUACUAUUUUCCCUGCUUAUAACAUUCCUCUGUUGUCUAAUAUCGGUCAAAAAAUUAGACCUAAACUGUUUCAACAACUUAGAUUUCCUAAAUCACAACUAAUAAGCUCAACAUACUUUUCAUAAACAUUUACUCAGUAACUUCUAAUCAAAGUCACUGAGUGCAGCUGUGACACGUCAGAGGGGACCUAGCCCUCCUGACUGAGACUGGUUUCUCCCGAGUUUUUUUCCCCUCCUUUUAUUUAUCAUUGGAGAUUGGGUUCCUCGCCAAAGGGCCUUGUAGGCUUGCUCACCGGGUGACUGCUUUUAUUAGAUAUUAUUUAUUAGAGUGGUCUUGCUUGUUCUAUGAACACCAUGCGCUGUGUUGAUACCUUUUCUGUUUUUCUUAUUUUCUCCUGUAAAGCUGCUUUGGAACAAUGCACACUGUGAAAAGCGCAAUCUAAAUCGAAUUGAAUUGAAUCACACAUGUAAAGUUGUUUUCCGUUUAGUGCCAUGUAAUAAUAAAACCAUGGCUUUAC